AUGGCAACGGUACAAGUGAAUGCUCCAACGGCCAUGGAGCAGUUUGAAGAUUCUGCACCAGCAGCCGAAGAAAAUGAAGAAAUGUAUUAUAAUGAUUAUGAUGACGACGAAGAGGAUGAUGAUUUUGAGGAUGACGACAACGACUUUGGUGGACACGACUUUGGAGCAGGUGGCGGUGGAGGUGGUGGAGGAGGUGGAAAUUCCUCGGCGGCAGCGGCAGAAAAGAAAAUGAACUUUUCCCAUUCAGUGUCCAACUCGGUCAGUAAAAUGCAAAAUUUGGAAAUCAAGAAACGAACCUUGCACACCUCGAGGGACGAUCGAGCGACUACGGAACAAUGUUUGGAUCCUCGGACACGUCUCAUGUUGUUCAAAAUGAUCAGCAAUGGAAUGUUGGAUGAAAUUGAUGGUUGUCUAUCGACGGGGAAAGAAGCCAAUGUCUAUUAUGCCAAGGCAGGACGCAAGGCGCCCAGUACCACUGUCACAGAAUUUGCGAUUAAGAUUUACAAGACGAGUAUCCUUGUGUUCAAGGAUCGGGACAAGUAUGUGUCGGGAGAACAUAGAUGGAGACGAGGUUACUGCAAAUCCAAUCCUCGCAAGAUGGUCAAAGUCUGGGCCGAAAAAGAAAUGCGCAACUACCGCCGCAUCCACCAGGCUGGUAUCCCCUGCCCGGAACCCAUUUUUCUAAAGACUCACAUCUUGCUCAUGGAGUUUUUGGGCGUCAAUGGUUGGCCGUCCCCUCGUUUGAAGGAUGCCGGAUUGAGUGAGAAACACAUGCGGGAAGCCUACGUCCAAACCAUUUUGAUUUUGAGGCACAUGUACCAACGGUGCAAAUUGGUUCACGGAGAUUUUAGUGAAUACAACUUGUUGUGGCACAACAGUCGAGUCUAUGUGAUUGAUGUCAGUCAAUCCGUAGAGACGGACCAUCCUGCAGCCUUGGAUUUUCUGCGAAAGGAUGCCUCCAAUGUCAAUGAUUACUUUCAAAAAGUGGGAAAGCUCGAUGUCAUGACGACACGUCAAUUGUUUGAAUUUAUUACCACUGUGAUUGACGAAGAUGUGAACAAUCAAGACGCGGAAAUGGAAUUUUUGGAAAAAAUCAUGAAAGAGGUGGGUGAUUCCCUCAAGGAUAGAUCCAAUCAAUCGGAACAAGAUCAACGCAAACAGGAUCAACAAGAGGCAGUCGACGAAGCUGUCUUUAUGAGUAGUUUUCUUCCAAGAAGUCUGAAUCAAGUUGCGGAUUACGACAUUAAGCAAUUGCAAAGUGGAAAGGUGGAAGAGUCCUAUGCCCAUGCCGUUGCGGCGCUAACUGGAAACAAGGAUGUGGUGGAUGCUUACAAGGCGUAUAAGCAAGGAGAAGGUUUGGUGACUCCGUCGCCCGAAGGUGGCAAGGCUGAUGAUGGUGAGAGUGAUGAUGACGACAGUGAUGACGAAGAUGGUAGCGAAGAUUCGGAAGACGAAGACGACGAAGGUGGAUUCAUAAAGGUUCCAAGAACCCAGGAGGAACUAGAGUCCGAAAAGGCAGAGCUAAAGGCAUCACGAAAAGCCAACAAAAAGGCAGUUAAGGAAGCAAAGACCGAAAAACGGAAAACGAAGAUAAAGAAAAAAGACAAGAAGCGUGCCAUCAACAAGGCCAAGGCUGGGAACCGCAAGCAUAGAUAA